GACAUCAAUUUAUAAAUUUAAACUAAUCUAAAUUAAAUAAAUGCUAAUAAGUGCUAUUUUAUGUUUCUUUUAUUCAUUUAUUUUUGUUUUUCCCCCACUUUGUCCUCAACAGUCCCACACUGCUGGGUUUGGUUAUUUUAAAUUGGGGUUUGGUAGUCUUAGUUUUCCGGCUUUGUUUAUUUGUUUUUUUUUUUUUAGGUAGUUUUGGUUAAGGGGAGCUGCUGACUCAGACGGUUGACAUGUCUGGGUCAGCAGUCUCCAUCACUUAUUUUAUGUUUGGCCAAAGCGCCACAUGUGGAUCUGGAGCUGCAGGUUACAGACCCUAUUGCUUUAGAAUGAAGAUAUAAGAUAAGAUACAAGAUGUAAAUGAUAUUUAACCAUAAAUUCAGAUUUUUCAUGUUAAUGUCCUUUUUUUUCUCCACAGAUUUUGGACUUUUAGCUUCAAAAAUGAGGCGCUCACCUUCUUCCCCUCUCAGAGUAAAUGUUUUACUCUUUCUAAUUGGAAGUCUUUUCCAAACUUCCCACUUACUGGACAUCUCGGAUUCAGUUCCGAUCAAUGGAGGCAGAAGGAUGUACGUGGUGUCCAGAGAAACCGUCCUACAUUCAGGGAGCUCUGCUGAGGACGGUGGAAGCAGUUAUGGAGGAGCAGAAUCACCGCAAUCCAGAAAUCCCACCGUCAGCCUGGAGGAGCCGAAGCGAGGCAGCUUUGAAAAUCCAUCUGGGUUUGAAAUCCCUGAGAAAUACCAACGUUCUCGGAGUCCACAUGACAUGGAGACGUCCAACCAAGAGCUGGAAAGACUGAAAGCAUUAGUUAGAAAAAUCACUCCCUCUACUCUGCUAUCAGAGGAUGGCAGCCAUUUAAAAGAGAGUCUGGCAUCCCCAGUUACAUCUGACUCUCUGACCAGUUUGGACAACGUCAAAAACAGCGUUCCUCCAUCCAUGCCUGAAGCUGGAGGUCCCUGCGUGCUCGGACCCUCACCGUGUCCCAUCCUACCCAACGUCAGUGGCACCAGUCUACUUUGGGAUGACAUGAAGCGCACUCUAGCGUUUGCGUGGGAGCUGCACGUCUUUGGAUCUGCCAGCCUUUACAUCCUAAUAUCUGUGCUGGCAGUUGUCGGGAUGGUUGGAGCGUUCUCUCUCCCUCGUCCUCUUGGAGAUGCCCUGAUCUUAUCUAAUAGUCUACUGUUUACGAGUGGCUGUUUGCGUGCUACCCUCCUUCUGCUCGACCCCUACGGUACCCGGCAGGUUCUGCCUCACGCCGCUCUGGUUGCUCUGCACAAUGCUCCUCUGCAGGUUCUUCUGUGGAUACAAAUCCUCCUCGCUUUGGUCACUAUUAAAGAUUUAAAUAUUUUGCUUCUCUCAAUGAAGCUGCAGCACCCGUGGGUGAUUGGAUGUUUGAGCCUGCUGCACUGUACCGCUUUACUCAUUGCAGACCUGUACUCCUCAUCUCCUGCUCUGCCUCUCAUGCUACAAACCCUGUCUCUUUGCCUGGGGGGUCCUCUGUGCUUGUGCAUCCUCAUAAAGUCUCUUUCCAGUCGUCAUUCCUCUCUUGGAUCGUCUGUACCCCAGUGGGUUUCCUCGCAGAGGACAGAGCGUCUUGGAAAGCGAGUGACUGCGGUGUGCGCUUUCCUUGGAGUGUUGUGCUGCAGCCUUCAGAUGUACAGCCUCCUCUGGCUUCACGGGCUUCUGGGAAACUGGAGGCGCUUUAGCUGGGGCUGGUGGCUCGUGCAGUUUUGGGCCAGAAAUCUUGAGCUGGCAUGGGGGUUCUCUCUGCUGUUCCUGGGGUCCUGGAUCUUCUGGACACCGUCUAGGGCUCACGCGAGAGGAGACCUGUGGCAGAGUAAAAGAAAAGAGGAAAAAAACUGGAGGAGUAAAGUGUUGUCCAGGUUGCAGAAAGGCCUGCUGAGAAAAUCAGAGGCCUCUUUGGAGGACCUGAUACCAAACAACUGGGCAAAGUUUAAAAUGUCUCGAACAGGUAUCAGCAACAAUGCGAUGUGUCCAUACGAUGAAGAACCAACCACGAUCACGUCCGAAUACAAACACGACCCUUUCAGCAGCAGCUCUGAAGCUGCUCUGUACUGGCAAAAAAUUGGCGAGCGAGAAUGUGUCCUUUCCCUGAUAGAGUUCGACAUGCGACCUCCGUCUCCCAUCAACCUGCGCCGCAGCAUCGAUAACGCCCUUCAUCACGGACACCUGGUUGCAGGAAGUCUUUUCACGCCCCCACCUCCCUCCUGGACUCACAUUAUGGGCACGGAGAGAGACAGCGAUCUGACAGCCCCUCCAGCUUAUGGGGGCUAUGGGUGGAUGCUGGACACCGAGUCCCUGUCUGCUUCUCUAGACCAUUUCCAGGCAAAGGAGCCUGCACAGUCACUGAGCAAUACUCCUGAUUAUAAUGUCAGCGUUGGGUCUCCAACUGCUGCACCACAGGAGGAAGAAAUACCCUCAGUAAUACUGCAGUCUGAUGAUGAGGAUUGGGUCACAAACCUCUGAGCUAAGCAGUAUCCAUGGUGAUUUUCAUUUACUUUAUUAGAGUCUGAAUCAAUGUUUCUUUUAUCGUGUUUAGUGUAUAAGACAUAUUACUUUACACUCAUUUGA